AUGCCCACUCAGGAGAUAGUGGGGUUUCAGCUUCAGGAACCAGGGCAAACGGCUGGGAAAUCCAACUACCUUUCUCUAGGAGGCAAAGGGAGUCAUUACCUCUUCCUCGAGCAACAGAUAGCGGGGCGAACUUUCCACCUUCCAACACUAAAUCUCAUUUUUGUACAGUUGCUUUCCAGGCAUGCCCAUCUACAAAAAUAUUUACCGGUGAGCGCCGUUGGAGCAGUGAUUUCAACAUCUGCUAAAUGCUGUCAGAGUAAAUAUUUAAGAAGGGUCACCCAUCAGUGUGGCAAAUGCUUUUCUACCAAAAUAGUUCUAGGAAUAGAAACCAGUUGUGACGAUACAGGGGCCGCUGUUAUGGAUGAAACGGGCAAUGUUUUAGGCGAAGCACUGCAUUCUCAAGGCGAGGUGCAUUUGAAAACAGGUGGAAUUAUUCCUCUUGUGGCCCAGCAGCUUCACCAGGAAAACGUUGGGCGGAUAGUACAAGAAGCACUCUCUGCCAGCGGAGUUUGCAUGAAUGACCUCUCAGCUGUGGCAACCACGGUGAAGCCCGGACUCGCGUUAAGCCUCGGCGUUGGGUUAGGCUACAGCUUAGAACUGGUGGAAAGGUACAAGAAGCCGUUUAUCCCCAUCCAUCAUAUGGAGGCUCACGCGCUUACCAUUAGGGCAACUGACCGGGUGGAGUUUCCAUUCCUAGUACUUUUGCUCUCUGGGGGCCACUGUAUACUAGCAGUAGCUCGAGGCGUUGCAGAUUUUCUUCUCCUUGGACAAACAGUGGACAUUGCACCGGGGGACAUGUUGGAUAAGGUAGCCAGAAGACUUUCUUUACAACAGCACCCAGACUGCUCUGGUUUGAACGGUGGGAAAGCAAUAGAAAACUUGGCCCAGCAAGGAAAUCACCUGCGCUACGGAUUCAGCGUUCCCAUGGAACAACACUUGAAUUGCGACUUUUCCUUCGCUGGCCUUCAGAACAACGCCAAUAGGGUGAUAAUGCAACAGGAAAAGGAAGAAGGGCUUCAGCCAGGGCAGCUGCUGUCCUGCAUCUCGGACCUGGCUUCCUCAAUUCAGCACACGGUUGCAGUUCACAUCGCCAAGCGAACAUACCGGGCGAUCCUCUUCUGCACACAAAACGGCAUCUUGCCGCAAAACAACGCAACUCUCGUGGCGUCUGGAGGUGUUGCGAGCAACCAGUAUAUCCGCAAAACUCUGCAGAUUGUGACGGACGCCGCCGGCUUCUCUUUACUGUGCCCACCUCCCAGACUGUGCACCGACAACGGCAUCAUGAUUGCAUGGAACGGCAUUGAAAGGUUGCGUGCAGGAUUGGGUGUCCUAUACAGUACAGAAGGCAUAAGAUAUGAACCAAAGGCUCCUCUCGGAACCGAUAUCUCAGAGCAAGUAAAAAAAGCCGCCAUCCGAUUGCCAAAACUAAAACUGACAAUCUGA